AACACCACACCCACUUCCAUGGCCACUAGAGAGAACAAGUGGGCGGUGAAGAUUAGUGACCAGCCCAUGGCCGCCGAAGAGAGAAGCUGGGCGGUGGAGAUCGAUGACCAACACAAGAACACCGGUAAGUCGGCCGAGAAGCAGCAAAGCCCGAAGCCAUCCAUAUACAUAGUUCCUCCUUACAUCAGAAAUUUGAACUGCCAUGCCUACAAGCCACACAUCGUCUCCUUUGGACCAUACCACCAUGGUGACCCCGACGUCAUGCCGAUGGAGGAGCACAAGGAUCGGGCCCUCACCCGCUUCCUCAAGAGAGCCAAUAAGUCUCUCCAAGACGUCAUGACCGCCAUAGAGGAGGUCGUGCAACAGCUACGGGGCGCUUAUCAGAGCCUCGACGGGAAGUGGGCGGAGGACAAGAGGUUCAUGCAUCUGAUGAUCCUUGACGGGUGCUUCAUGCUCGAGAUAAUUCGUGUCGCGACCAAGAAGCCGGAUGACGGUGGCCAUGGCUACGAAAUGGAUGAACCCAUCUUUAGCGACCACGGGAAUCUGUACACCGUGCCCUGCAUAAAGCGAGAUAUGAUGAUGAUCGAGAACCAGCUGCCCCUGCUUGUUUUGUACAAACUGGUUUUUGUUGAGGGUGGUAGAAAUUGCGUGGUAAUACUAACUUUUAUUCUCUGUCUGUGUCAGAAGGUCGUGAACGAACUGGUGCUGAAAUUCUGGGGCAAGCCGUCGACGGUGGAAGAAGAACACCUCCUCCUUGAAGAACGCCGCCACCUCCUUGACUUGCUCCGACUUAGCCGGUUGGUUAAGCGAUCGUCAACGGACAAUAGUCGUGGCCGGACAAACAGGCGAAAAGUCUCGAACAUCCGGUCGGCUUUUGAGCUGCGCGAGGCUGGCAUCCACUUCAGGAAGAGCAAUUCCAACAGCCUCCUUGACAUCGAGUUCAAGCACGGUGUCCUCAGCCUGCCGAAUCUUACAGUCGACGACAACACGGAGUACAUGUUUCUCAACCUCAUGGCCUUCGAGCGCCUCAAUGUCGGCACCGGCAACGAGGUCACUUCCUACGUCGUGUUCAUGGACAGCAUCAUCGACUCCGCCAAGGACGUCAGCCUGCUGCAGUCCAAGGAUAUCAUCGAGAACGCGUUCGGGAGCGAUGAGGCCGCCGCCGAGCUGUUCAACCGCCUCUCCAAGGACGUGGUCAUCCCCCCGCAAGGCAUCCUUGGCGACGUGUAUGGGGAGGUUAAAUAUUACUUCGGGAGGCGCCGGAACAGGUGGUGGGCCAACUUGAAGCACACUCACUUCAGCAGCCCUUGGAGCCUUCUCUCGCUUGUCGCCGCCAUUGUGCUGCUGGUUCUCACGGUGUUGCAGACCAUCUACACCUUGUUGCAAUUCUACCACCCGCCGUCUGCUUAGCCAUUCUAAUCAGGCGCUUCAUCUGCUUGGUUUUGUUUGUUUGUUUCUUCUUCUCCUUUCUAAUUCGGGUAUGAUGUGAGUUUACGUAUUCAAGUUUAUGUAUUCACUAUUUGGGGGGGUUUAUGUUUUUGGAGACAACUUUUGCAAGGUUUAUUGGUGAUAUG